UCCUGUGAUCUACGCUGAAGUUAUUCUUUAUCAUCAAAAUGUUUUGUGGGAACUAUGUGCAAGGAACCAUCUUUCCUGCUCCCAAUUUCAAUCCCAUAAUGGAUGCCCAAAUGCUAGGGGGAGCACUCCAAGGAUUUGACUGUGACAAAGACCUGCUGAUUGACAUUCUCACGAAACGCUGCAAUGCGCAGAGGCUGAUGAUUGCAGAGGCAUACCAGAGCAUGUAUGGCCGGAACCUGGUUGAGGACCUAAAGGAGCAGCUUUCAUCGCAUUUCAAAGAGGUUAUGGUUGGCCUCAUGUACCCUCCACCAUCUUUUGAUGCUCAUGAACUGUGGCAUGCCAUGAAGGGAGCCGGCACUGAUGAGAAUUGCCUCAUUGAUAUAUUGGCUUCAAGAACAAAUGGGGAAAUUUUCCAGAUGCGAGAAGCUUAUUGUUUACAAUACAGCAGUAACCUUCAAGAGGACAUUUAUUCAGAGACCUCAGGACACUUCAGAGAUACUCUUAUGAACUUGGUCCAGGGAACCAGGGAGGAGGGAUACACAGACCCUGCUAUGGCUGCUCAGGAUGCAAUGGUCCUGUGGGAAGCGUGUCAGCAGAAAACUGGAGAACAUAAAACCAUGCUACAGAUGAUCCUGUGCAACAAGAGCUACCAGCAGCUGUGGCUGGUUUUCCAGGAAUUUCAAAAUAUUUCUGGGCAAGAUGUGGUAGAUGCCAUUAAUGAUUGCUAUGAUGGAUACUUUAAGGAGCUGUUGGUGGCAAUUGUUCUCUGCGUUCGAGACAAACCAGCUUAUUUUGCUUAUAGAUUAUAUAGUGCAAUACAUGACUUUGGUUUUCAUAAUAAAACAGUAAUCCGGAUACUAAUUGCCAGAAGUGAAAUAGACCUGAUGACCAUAAGGAAAUGCUACAAAGAGAGAUAUGGAAAAUCCCUAUUUCAUGAUAUCAAAAAUUUUGCUUCAGGCCACUAUGAAAAAGCACUACUUGCUAUCUGUGCUGGUGACAUGGAUGACUACUAAAA